AUGCAAGAACGUAUUUGGGACACAGCACAGAUCCAGGGAGUGCUAAAUUCUGAGAUAGGUUCGAAGGCCAUGGCGCGGCCGAGCACACGCCAAAAUCGCUUCUUCUGGGAGCUGAUUAUUGCAUUCAUGUUGGUUGCAUUCGGUGCCGUUUUCGAAACAUUUCACUUCUUUAACAAUGCAUGGCUGGUGCACACCAAUGGUUCAUACGUCUACCAGCGCGGAUUGGGCGAUGACUGUGUAAAAAAUGAACGGUUCGCAGAAGGCAUCAAAUGUACGGAAUGGUCUGAUACCAAAAAUACCUUUGUGAUCAAUGGCCAGAAUCUCACUGCCUCGGAUAUUGAAUCUCCAUCUGUAGUUUUUAUAAAUUUGCUCAUCAUGUUCCUGGUCUUGGUGGAUAGCUCAGAACCGUUUAUCAAGACGAUGAAAAGUAUAUUGUGCUUCGAAAAACUCGUGUUUCUCUGUUUUUCUCCGCGACGUGCAAAAAAUGUUUUACAGUGCUCACUGGGCAAUGCGUUUUACUACUUCCUUCUCUCCAACGUAUUGUUAUGGUUCGGAAGUGUGGCCCAUAUUGAUAAUUGGAUCGACGUUUACAUUGACCUGCGUGAUAACGAAAUACCAAUUGCGCGUUUUCUUCGCCCAGCUUCCGAUGCGCAUAAUUUGGCCGAACGAAGGCCGUCGUUUCUCAAUUUAUAG